AUGGACAAUCCUUCUCUCAACGCCGAUCCUGGUUUCUCACUGAGCCGCAGGCCUGGGACUGGCUCCGAGGGAUCGGAACAGCCGGUAUCCCCGGCAGACUGGAGCGACAGUGAGAAGGAGCCAGGCUCUGGUGGGAGCUCCCCAGGCCGCUCUAGGAAGACCUCCUUCCUCUGUGUCCCCUCCCCAAACGUCACCACCCAGGCCGCCAAGGAGAAGGUGGCCAAAGUGCAUCUCUUCUGGCUGUCCCGCUGCAGAGCCCAGCACCACCGGAAGCCACAGCCCAUGUCCCACCAGGUAGAGACACCCAUGACGGGCGUGAGAAAAGCUGGGCCUUCCCGAGGGAAGCGCCUCCAGUUGCAGGACGCCCAGGAGAAGGACGAGUCUGUGGAGAACCACCAGGAGGCAGGGGAGAAAAGGGACACCCCAGAGGACAUUGUGCAGCUGAUAGAUGAGCACGGCGUAUAUUCCUCUGCCAAGCUGGUGCCCGCCCCGGAAGCGGCCCUCCUCUCUCCCUACCCACAGCAGCUUUUGGCACGCAGUGGCCGGGAGGGGGAGGACUUUGAGAUCCGGGAGGUGAUUGUGGACGAGAAGCCCUUCCAGUGUGCCGUCUGCACCAAGGCCUUCAAACGGGCGUGGGAGCUGUUCAGCCACGAGGUAGUCCACAACGAGGAGCGCCCGUUCCGUUGCCAGCUGUGCCAGGCCUCAUUCAAACGUCACUCGGACUAUAAGAGCCAUGCCCUGGUGCACACCGAAGAGCGGCCCCAUCGCUGCGAGCUGUGCGGGAAGCGUUUCAAGCGAGCGUCCAACCUGGCGGAGCACCGCCGCAUCCACUCGGGCGAGCGGCCCCACCGCUGCUCGGCCUGCGUCAAGCGCUUCAAGACGCCCUACGAGCUGCAGCGGCACAUGCUCACGCACUGCUCCGAGCGGCCCUUUGCCUGCGCGGCCUGCGGGAAGGGCUUCGCGGCGGCGGGGGCCCUCCUCUUGCACCAGCGGCAGCACUGCGACGACAAGCCCCACGUCUGCGGCGUGUGCAGCAAGCGCUUCGCCUAUGGACACAGCCUGCGGGUCCACGAGCGGGUGCACACGGGUGACCGGCCCUUUUCCUGCGCCCUCUGCGGCAAGGCUUUCAAGCAGUCCAACGCCUUGGCCUCACACGAGCGGGUGCACACCGGGGAGCGGCCCUUCGCCUGCCCGACCUGCGGCAAAGCUUUCAAGCAGUCGUCCUACCUGGCCAUCCACGCCCGCUCGCACACUGGCGAGCGCCCCUAUUCCUGCGGGGCCUGCAGCAAGGCCUUUGCCCGGCCCUCGCUCCUCUUGCAGCACCAGCGGGUCCACAGCACCGAGCGGCCCCAUCGGUGCCAGCACUGCGGCAAGCUGUUCAAAGACCUGGCCUACUUAGCGGUGCACGAGAAGGUCCACACGGGGGAGACCCCCUACAAGUGCCCAGUCUGUCAGAAGGGCUUUGCACACCCCUCGAACCUGCUGCAGCACCAGCGGAUACACCGGGACGGAUCGCGAGAGUGA